CUGAAGGUUGAUUUUGACUGAGAUUGUAUUCUCUCUCUGAUUUAUUUGUCAACUACCGCCAUGGCGUCUAGGCUGCAGCUCACUCGGAGCCGGCUGCUUCGAUCGCCAGCCACCCAAGUCCCAACCCGAUCACUGUAUUUCACACCGCGGUUACGUCCGCUUCCUCUUACACGUACUCUGCCAUCGCUGCAAUCGAAGCUCGGUCCGGUAUAUCACUCGGUCCGUACGUACGCUAAUGGUCGACCACAUCCCCCGGGCGGUACACACCGCAUGAAUCUGGGCGGCGAACCUGAGAAGUCAGCAUUGGAGCAGUAUGGCGUUGAUCUGACGGCCAAAGCGCAAUCGGGGAAACUAGAUCCGGUCAUUGGUCGAGACGCGGAGAUUCACCGGACCAUUCAAGUGCUGUCAAGACGGACGAAGAACAAUCCGGUUCUCAUCGGAGCUGCGGGCACUGGCAAGACUGCGAUCUUGGAGGGUCUAGCCCAGAGGAUUGUGCAGGGCGACGUUCCGGAGAGCAUCAAGAACAAGCGUGUGAUCUCGUUGGAUCUCGGCUCUCUCAUUGCCGGCGCGAAGUUUCGAGGUGAUUUCGAGGAGCGUCUGAAGUCGGUUUUGAAAGAGGUGGAAGAUGCCCAUGGCGGCGUGAUUCUUUUCAUCGACGAGCUUCAUACCCUUCUUGGCUUGGGAAAAGCGGAAGGCAGCAUUGAUGCUAGCAAUCUUCUAAAGCCGGCUCUUUCCAGAGGCGAGCUCCAAUGCUGCGGCGCAACCACCCUCAACGAGUAUCGACUCAUCGAGAAGGAUGUCGCACUGGCCAGACGAUUCCAGCCCAUUCAAGUGGGCGAGCCCUCAGUUGCAUCAACCAUUUCCAUCUUACGUGGUAUCAAGGACAAGUAUGAAGUGCACCACGGUGUCAGAAUCACCGACGGUGCUCUUGUGGCCGCCGCGACGUACAGCAACCGAUACAUCACGGAUCGAUUUUUGCCCGAUAAAGCCAUUGAUCUGGUAGACGAGGCUGCUUCAGCCCUCCGUUUGCAGCAAGAGUCAAAGCCAGAUGCGAUCAGAGAAUUAGAUCGUGAUAUCACAACCAUUCAGAUCGAACUUGAAUCACUUCGCAAGGAAACUGAUGUCAGCAGCCGCGAGCGCCGAGAAAAACUGCAAGAAAUUUUGAAAACCAAACAAGAAGAAGCCGGAAAGUUGACCGAAGUAUGGGAAAAGGAGAAGGCAGAAAUUGAAACGAUCAAGCGAACCAAAGAGGAACUGGAGCGUGCUCGAUUUGAGCUGGAACAGGCUCAACGAGAAGGCAAUUUCGCAAAGGCUGGGGAGCUCAGAUACUCUAGGAUUCCCAGCCUUGAGGCCAAAUUACCUGAAGAAGGGGUGGAAAAUAAUCCCAACGGCGACUCUUUGAUCCACGACUCUGUCACGCCAGAUGACAUUGCCAAUGUUGUUUCUCGAACGACUGGUAUUCCAGUCAACAAACUGAUGGCCGGGGAGGUUGAGAAAUUGAUUCACAUGGAAGAUACACUGCGGCAAUCAGUUCGUGGACAAGAUCAAGCCCUCGAAGCAGUCGCCAAUGCUGUCCGGAUGCAGAGAGCUGGUCUUAGUGGAGAGAAUCGACCCCUGGCAUCAUUCAUGUUCCUGGGCCCGACGGGUGUGGGAAAGACUGAAUUAUGCAAAAAGAUGGCUGAGUUCUUGUUCUCCACUGAGACCGCUGUUGUGAGAUUCGACAUGAGCGAGUUCCAGGAGAAGCAUACCAUCAGUCGUUUAAUCGGAUCGCCAGCGGGUUACGUUGGAUAUGACGAUGCAGGCCAGCUUACUGAAGCUGUCAGACGCAAGCCUUACGCAGUGUUGCUUUUCGACGAAUUUGAAAAGGCCCAUCGCGAUAUUUCUGCCCUCCUUCUACAGGUUCUCGACGAGGGCUUCCUUACCGAUUCUCAAGGACACAAAGUCGAUUUCAGAAACACUCUUAUUGUUCUUACUUCCAACCUUGGUGCUGACAUCCUCGUGGGUGCCGAUCCAUUGCAUUCAUUCAAAGACUAUGGCAAUGAAGAACUAUCCCCAGAAAUUAAAACUGCAGUGAUGGAUGUCGUUCAAUCGUCAUACCCACCUGAGUUCCUCAACAGAAUUGACGAAUUUAUCAUUUUCAAGCGAUUGUCUCGCGAGGCACUCCGGGAUAUUGUCGACAUCCGACUCAAAGAGCUCCAGUCCAGGCUUGAUGACCGACGCAUGACCUUGAAGGUAGACGGCGACGUCAAGAGCUGGCUCUGUGAGAAGGGCUACGAUCCUAGAUAUGGGGCUCGACCAUUGAACCGUCUCAUUGCCAAAGAGGUUGGAAACAAGCUCGCCGAUAAAAUCAUCCGCGGUCAGAUCGUUUCAGGACAGACCGUUCAUGUCACAAUCAAUGCUGACAAGAGCGGUCUUGAAGUCUCCGCCGAAACUUGAAAAUUCUUGGCUUUUCAGUCAUUUUUGCCACUAUGUGUAUGUGUCUAUGUACAGUAUCUAUUUAGUUUUGUUAGGUGUUUGGGGUGUACUACUGGAGGUCGGCUCCAAGAGCGUUCUGUUUAUAAUAUCCCCACUCUUUGUGUACUAUAGCAUAUCACGAAAGUUCUAUCUAACGAGAAAUAUAUACCCAUGGU